CGAGAAGCAACCGACUUGCUUCUUCCCCGCGAUCAUGCGCCUCUUCUGCUGGUGCACGCUCCUCCACGCCCUGUCUGUCGCCGCCGGAUCGGAGUCGAAGAAGAACAGCUCGAAGGCUCUCACCUGUAAGCUGCUAAACAGUGCUUGGCGGCGCUCCGCAGCGUUGCCACCCCCGCCCGCCGGCUACCCCAGCAGCCCGUAUGCGCGCGGGCCGGCGUACCCUCGGCCCGGCAACGCCACACCAAACGUGCUUCUCAUGCUCGGCGACGACGUGGGAUACGGCGACCUGGCUGCCUUUGGAGGCCACCCUUACGCGAGGACGCCAAACCUUGACCGGCUGUUUAAGGAGGGCACCAGCCUGCGCCAGUACUAUGUGGUGGGCUGCACUUGCGCGCCCAGCCGCGCCGCUCUCAUGAGCGGCCGCCACCCCGCCACGUUUGAGUUUCGGCUCGGCCUCGGGCUCGCGGCGGUCGGGACGCCGGCGCUAACCGAGGUGUUCGGCGCGGCCGGGUACGCGGUCGCUCACUUCGGCAAGUGGCACCUCGGGCCGGAGCGACCCUACUAUGCGGCCCGGCGGGCAGACGACGGCUCGACGCACCUGGGCAUCCACACUGUCGUCUCGUCCGGCAAAGAGCUUCCGUGCGCCCUGCCCGAGGAGGAGCGGAGAGGCAAGGCGAGGCGGUACACGGGGCGGGGGAGGGACGAGGCGGUCUACUACGCGGCGGAGCGGUGGGUCGAGAGGCACGCCGCGCGGCCGUGGUACGCCAACGUGUGGGGUCACUCGACGCACGACCCGGUGUUCAACUGCGACCUCCUCACGGCCGAGCGAGGCCUGGACACCGACUGGCUCCCGCAGACCUUUGACCUGGCUCGCUUCUCGGAGCACAUGGCCUCUCGCCUCCGCCACGCCGCUUCGCUCGGCAUCCAGAUCGACGUCACGAUGAAAAAGCCGCCGCUCACCUUUGCGGGCGAGAGCCCGUUCCUGAUGGGCUACGCGGGAGGGCUGCGCGGAGGCAAGUUCACUCAGUACGACGGCGGGGCGGGGCACGUCGAUAGCGACUCCGUCGUCUCGGCGCUCGACCUGCUGCCGACGGUCGCCGACCUCGCCGGCCUCACGCCGCUGCUGCGCGCCAUGACGCCGCCCGGCGCGAGGCAGGACGGCGAGGCGAUGAGCGCCGUCUUCACGGCGCGAGCGGCGCGCGACCGCACGGCGGAGCGUCCGAUCUUUUGGAAGGGGGGCUACGGUGCACGCCAGCGGCGCGACAAGAACGUGAUCAGCGUGCGGUCGGGCAAGUGGAAGCUGCACGUCAUCCCCGUGGUGAAGCACGUCGGCUCGUGGGAGCACACCGACGCGCGCGUCACGCCGGCGCACGGCACGCCGGAGCCGGCGGCGGAAUCGGCGCACAAGCUGCGGAACAGCGCGCGGCAGCGGCAGCAGCGGCUCCAGAUGUACAUCGAGCGGCACGGGAACUCGAGCGGGCCGAUGCUCGAGCUGUACAACCUGAAGACGGCGAGCAGCAGUAGCAUACACCAUACUGCCAUGGCGGCGGGUAGCAGCAGUGCCGUGUAG